AUGGCGGAUACCACGGGAACGUCGUGGUCGGACAUCCCGCUGGACCUCGCCGGCCGGAUCCUCCGCCGCCUGCCUGCCCACGUCGACCGCGUCCGGUUCGCCGCCGUGUGCCCCCAGUGGCGCGCGGCCACGCGGCACGGGCCCCUGCCCCCACCGCUGCCUCUACUCCUGCUUUCGGACAGUAGGGUGUACAGCCUGCCCGGAAGCGACCCGUUCCACUUCCCUGGCUCCACGGGAUACACCGACGCUUGUGGCGACUGGUUGAUGUUUUCAAGUGAAGAGGGCCGUUUCCUGAGGGAUCCUUUCUCCAAUGCCACCGUGACACUUCCACCUCUGUCCCGUGUCCGAACCCGGCUUGUGGGCACUGACGGUGGACCAGUUUGGAGUCAAGCCCCCUCUACUGCCCCCACAACCAUGAAGUGCCCUCCUUCUACUCGCUGUGGAAGAGAUGGAGGAGGAGUUCUGAAGGAUGAAGAUGGCCUGAGCCCUGGACCCUCUUUGACUCUAGAAGAACGGCCCCUGCAUGUGGAUGUGGGUGAUGAGUCCCUUGAUGUGGCAACCCUAGCAUGGAUGGAAAUGGCUGAAACGUUGAAGUUGGAGAUGGAGCCAAAGAAUUGCAAACUGUGGCUCUGUUCAUCCAAUCUCAUUGUAGCAACAAUCUAUUUCACGGGAGGCCAACGGAUUGCAGUGUGCCAGGCAGGGGCUACCUCGUGGUGGUCUGUAUGGGCGGAAAAUCUCUGCGUCAGCUUUGAUGACAUGGCAUUCCAUCAGGGCAAGCUAUAUGCCAUUGACUUCAUGGUUACACUUUUCGCCAUCGAUGUCAGCGUGGACCACAGCAGCGGUGAUCCAUGGAUUUCUCAAAUACGAAAUGUCAUCGAAUGUCCAUGUUUGGACAUAGGUUAUUUCCUAAGAGGUGGUCACAUGAUGGCCCAUCUAGUUGAAUCACGUGGUGUGUUGCUGGUGGUGAUGAGAAAGUUGUGCGACCCAUUCGACGACCUGGAUGGUCCCGAUGCAGCUGGACAUGCAGAGUUCGAGGUGUUUGAAGCUGACCUCAGUCAGUCACAGUGGCUUAAGGUGACGACGAUCGGGAACAACGAGAUUUUGUUUCUAAGUCGACGAUGCAGCAGGUCUGUUUGUGCUCCUCAUAACGCGUUGCCAGGGGACUGCAUCUUCUUCCUGGAGAAGGGCUGGGAUCACAGUUUGUGUGCUGGCUCAAGUUCUUGCAGGGUCUAUAGCAUGACGGACGGCAAGGUGUCCAACCCCCUGCCAACUGUGUCAUGGGAGCCUGGCAUGGUGUUUGGGACUUGGCUCUUCCCUCAGAGCUGA